UUUUGAUAUGGGGAUGCCGGAAAUAGGUCAGCGAUCAGUUGUAUAUAAUGGCCAUCUUUCAGAGCCCUGGGUCGUGGCCCUGGUUUUCCUGUUUGCUUAGCUCGAUCCAGCUGUUAGCCUGUUCCCAGAGCCCCUUGGACAUUUCGACCCUCUUCAGUUGAACCAGUUACCAGACAACAUGAAGCUCAGCGUUGCCAUCGCCGUGCUCGCGUCGGCUCUCGCCGAGGCGCACUACACCUUCCCCAGCGUUGACGACUCCGCCGACUGGCAAUAUGUCCGGACGACGACCAACUUCCAGAGCAACGGGCCCGUGACCGAUGUCACCUCGGACCAGAUCCGUUGCUACGAGCGUGACCCCGGCACAGGCGCCCCUGAGACCUACGCGGUCACGGCGGGCAAGUCCAUCAACUACAACGCCAAGGCCUCCAUCUCCCACCCGGGCCCCAUGGCCUUCUACAUCGCCAAGGUCCCCGAGGGUGAGACCGCCGCGACCUGGGACGGCAGCGGCCAGGUCUGGUCCAAGAUCUACCAGGAGAUGCCCGAGCUCGGCGGCAGCAUGACCUGGCCCACCAGCGGCGCGGCCUCGGUCCCCGUCACGAUCCCCAGCUGCCUGUCGGACGGCGAGUACCUGCUGCGCGCGGAGCACAUCGCGCUGCACAGCGCGGGCAGCGCCGGCGGCGCCCAGUUCUACAUCAGCUGCGCGCAGCUGUCCGUCACGGGCGGCAGCGGCUCGUGGAGCCCCAAGAGCCAGGUCGCCUUCCCCGGCGCCUACAGCGCGACCGACCCCGGCAUCCUCAUCAACAUCUACUACCCCGUGCCGACCAGCUACACGCCCGCAGGUCCGGCGGUGGAGAGCUGCUAG